AUGCCCAACGGAUCAUAUAACCCCAUCCUCCAUGUGGAUUUCUCUUCAAUUAAUGACUAUUUGGAAGAUAACGAAACAAACUCCUCUAUGGGGGAGCACAAUUCCCUGGGCUGCGUGCAGAUAUUAAUCCCGCAGCAGCUGUUCCUAGCGCUGGGUCUCAUCAGUUUGGUUGAAAAUAUAUUAGUGGUUAUGGCUAUAAUAAAGAAUCGUAACCUACACUCGCCCAUGUACUACUUCAUUUGUUGCCUGGCCGUGUCUGACAUGCUGGUCAGUGUCAGUAAUGUUGUUGAAACUAUUUUCAUGCUGCUGCACGACAACGGCCUGCUGGUAGUGCACUCAGAGAUGCUGCAACAGCUGGACGACAUCAUUGAUGUGAUGAUCUGCAGCUCCGUGCUUUCGUCUUUGUCCUUUCUCUGCACUAUUGCCGCCGACCGAUACAUAACCAUCUUUUACGCGCUGCGUUACCACAACAUCAUGACCACCCAGCGCGCCACGGCCAUCAUCGUGGUGGUUUGGCUUGCGAGCAUCACGUCCAGCAUCCUCUUCAUCGUGUACCACAAGGACAACGCUGUCAUCGUGUGUCUCGUCACUUUCUUUUGCAUUACUCUGGUUUUCAAUGCCGUGCUCUAUCUGCACAUGUUCCUACUGGCGCACGUACAUUCACGUCGCAUCGUAGCAUUCAACAAGAACCGGCGUCAGUCCACAAGUAUGAAGGGUGCCAUCACCCUCACUAUUCUGUUAGGGGUCUUUAUUGUGUGCUGGGGGCCCUUCUUCCUCCAUCUCAUCCUUAUCCUCACGUGUCCCACGAGCCCAUUUUGCAACUGUUACUUCCGAAACUUCAAUUUGUUUCUCAUCCUUAUUAUCUGUAAUUCGUUAAUUGACCCACUCAUUUACGCAUACCGCAGCCAGGAGCUGCGCAAGACGCUACAGGAAUUUAUAUUGUGCUCCUGGUGCUUCGGGGUCUAA